AUGAGCGCCGAAGAUCGUAAAGCCUUGGAAAACAAGGUCAAACGCAGCUUCCACACUGACUUUAAGCAAGUCGAAGCCUCCCGAUCGGAUUGGGAUAGUUCUGCCUCUGUCCAAUACACGAAGACUCCAAAUCCAAACUGGAAAUUUGGCGAUGGAGCCAACCACACUCACACGGAAACAUCAGCCAAGCAUAUCGCCAUCGAUCCCUACGAACCGGGUCGCUCACUCAUCGACAAUUACAAGUUAUCCAUCAGUGCUGUCGUCCCAAGGCCGAUUGCCUUCAUUUCAACACGCUCAAGGGAUGGUAGCAAAGAGAAUCUAGCACCCAUGAGCUUUUUCCAGAUGAUCAACGCCGACCCACCGCUCUUCAUUUUCGCAGUGAACAGCCCCCUUGCAGCAGCCAAGGACACUUUGCGGAACCUUGUUGAGACCGGCGAGUGUGUCAUCAACAUUGUCAGCGAAGGCAUCAUCGAAGCUGUUAAUGCCACCAGCAUUGACGCGCCCUAUGGUGUUUCGGAAUGGGAUAUCAGUGGUCUGACACCCGUAUAUGACUGCCAGACCGUCUCGUGUGCCCGUGUCAAGGAGUGUAUCUUCAGCAUUGAGGCCAAGAUCGAGAGCAUUCGCGAAUUUGACAGCCGAGCCAAUCCAGGAACGAAAUCUGGGACCCUUGAGGUCGUUGAAGCCACCCGCUUCUGGGCGCGUGAGGACGCCCUUAACCAGGAGAGAAACGUCAUUGAUCUUUCGAUCCUGCGACCUAUCAGUAGAUUAGGAGAUAUUAGCUACGGUCGGACGCUCCAGGCUUUCCAACUACCUCGACCAGAAUUCGAGAAGGACUUGAAUGGCAUUCAAGGGUUUGAGGAGCUGAAGAAGCGGCGUGGAGAUACGCAUAUAUAG